AUGGCUACGUGGGACCCAGACUCCGACCAUUUGCCAAAGCUCAACGAGCUACCGAGGAUACCUGGCGCGCCCGAAUAUGCCGCUUGGUUCUGGGGACCAGAUGAUGAGUUAGGGCGGCUAAAUCUGCUUACACCACGAAGGGUGAUUGAAGCUUCAAAGUUGAUCCAGACAGGGGAAAGGACAUGUUUGAAUCUCCCUGCUGAGUGGCCUGAGCCUCCAUUUUUCGGACGUCCGUCCUUCAAACAUACCGUUUUGAAAGUUCGACCUUAUGCAUUCGACGACUUGUAUGAGUUGAACACGCAGAGCGGCUCUCAAUGGGACGGAUUCCGCCAUGCGGGCAUUAAGCAUAAUGACGGGUUUAUAUGGUACAACAAUACUACCGUCGAACAGAUCGAAGACGAGUCGGGCAGGAUCGGCACCAGCGUCUGGGCCCGUCGAGGAAUCGUUGGCCGAGGUGUCCUCAUUGACUUCUACGACUAUUGCGGGAAGUCUUACGACCCAUUCACGCCCCGAAAAAUUACAGCUGAAGAGGUUCAGUCCUGCGCAAAGGCGCAAGGUGUGGAGUUCAGGUCCGGCGACAUUUUCAUUGUGAGAACGGGCUUUUCGGAGGCAUAUAGGAAACUCGAAAAGAAACAACGCGAGGAAUUGGGCGCGAAGGCCUACCUUGAGCUACAAUUUGCAGGUCUCUCGCGCGCUCAUGAAAUGGUUGAACUGCUCCACGACAACUAUUUCAGCGCCGUGGCAAGUGACGCACCUUCUUUUGAAACAUGGCCGAUGGACGAGCCAGAGCACCUUCAUCAUUGGCUACUCCCCCUCUGGGGCUGCCCUAUUGGCGAACUGUGGGAUCUUGAGGAAUUGGCUGCUUUGUGCAAGAGACACAACAGGUACACCUUCUUCCUCUCCAGUACUCCAGCGAAUGUGAAAGGAGGAGUCGGUAGCCACUCUAACGUUGUGGCCAUAUUCUGA